AUGCGGUUCCGCUUCGGGGUGGUGGUGCCGCCCGCGGUGGCCGGGGCCGGGCCGGAGCUGCUGGUCGUGGGGUCUCGGCCUGAGCUGGGGCGCUGGCAGCCGCGCGGGGCGGUGCGCCUGAGGCCGGCGGGCACGGCGGCGGGUGCUGGGACGCUGGCGCUGCAGGAACCGGGCCUGUGGCUCGGGGAGGUGGAGCUGGCGGCCGAGGAGGCGGCGCAGGACGGGGCGGAGCCGGGCCGCGUGGACACGUUCUGGUACAAGUUCCUGAAGCGCGAGCCGGGAGGAGAGCUCUCCUGGGAAGGCAAUGGGCCUCACCAUGACCGUUGCUGUAUUUAUAAUGAAAACAACUUGGUGGAUGGUGUUUAUUGUCUCCCAAUAGGACACUGGAUCGAAGCCACUGGGCACACCAAUGAGAUGAAGCACACAACAGACUUCUAUUUUAAUAUUGCAGGCCACCAAGCCAUGCAUUAUUCAAGAAUUCUACCAAAUAUAUGGCUGGGUAGCUGCCCUCGCCAAGUGGAACAUGUAACCAUCAAACUGAAGCAUGAACUGGGGAUUACAGCUGUCAUGAACUUCCAGACGGAAUGGGAUAUUGUACAGAAUUCCUCAGGCUGUAACCGCUACCCAGAACCCAUGACUCCUGACACUAUGAUUAAGCUGUAUCAGGAAGAAGGCUUGGCCUACAUCUGGAUGCCGACACCGGAUAUGAGCACUGAAGGCCGCGUCCAGAUGCUGCCACAGGCGGUGUGUCUCCUCCACGCGCUGCUUGAGAACGGACACACCGUGUACGUGCACUGCAACGCCGGGGUGGGCCGCUCCACUGCCGCCAUCUGCGGCUGGCUCCAGUACGUGCUGGGCUGGAAUCGCAGGAAGGUGCAGUACUUUCUCGUGGCCAAAAGGCCGGCUGUGUACAUUGAUGAAGACGCCUUGGCCCGGGCAGAGGAAGACUUUUAUCAGAAAUUUGGGAAGGUUCGGUCUUCAAUAUGCGAUGUAUAG